UCUGUUACACAAGUGACAAGAAAUGUUCCUCCAGGGCUAGAUGAGUACAAUCCUUUCUCUGAUUCAAGAACAGCUCCUCCAGGAAAUGCGAAAAUGCCUAAUGUACCCAGUACCCAGCCAGCAAUAAUGAAACCAACAGAAGAACCACUUGCUUACACACAAAUUGCAAAGGAUCAUGCCUCGGCCCAGGCAGAACUGCUAAAGCGUCAAGAAGAACUGGAAAGAAAAGCAGCUGAACUAGAUCGCAGAGAAAGGGAAAUGCAGUGCCUCAAUCAGCAGGGGGGUAGAAAAAAUAACUGGCCACCUCUUCCUGAGAAUUUUCCAGUGGGUCCAUGUUUCUACCAGGACUUUUCUGUAGACAUUCCUGUAGAAUUCCAGAAGACAGUAAAGAUUAUGUACUAUUUAUGGAUGUUCCAUACAGUGACACUGUUUCUUAAUAUCUUUGGAUGUUUGGCUUGGUUUUACAUUGACGCUACACGAGGGGGUGAUUUUGGAUUGAGUAUCCUCUGGUUCUUGCUUUUUACCCCUUGUUCUUUUGUCUGCUGGUACAGACCACUUUAUGGAGCUUUCAGGAGUGACAGUUCAUUCAGGUUCUUUGUGUUCUUCUUUGUAUAUAUCUGUCAGUUUGCUGUACAUGUACUUCAAGCUGCAGGAUUUCAAAGAUGGGGAAACUGUGGGUGGAUUUCAUCUCUUACUGGUCUUAAUAAGAGUAUUCCUGUUGGCAUUAUGAUGAUAAUCAUAGCUGCACUUUUCACAGCAUCUGCUGUUAUCUCAUUAGUUAUGUUUAAAAAGGUGCAUGGUCUCUACCGCACAACUGGUGCUAGUUUUGAGAAAGCGCAGCAGGAGUUUGCAACGGGAGUGAUGUCCAACAAAACUGUACAAACUGCUGCAGCCAACGCUGCAUCAACAGCAGCAACCAGUGCAGCUCAAAAUGCAUUCAAGGGUAACCGAAUGUAGAGAAAUAUAAAAAGUCAUGACGGUUCU